AUGUUUCUGCCGCCAGCACUUUAUGUCAAUGAACAAAACUACAGCACUAACGAGGAAAAAGAUUUUAGCAGUACAAAAAGAUCUGGCGAAGUAGUAGAGGAAGGAGGUUGAUCAUGCACCUGAUGUCGGUCAGAUCUAAACAUUCGUGCCAGUAUGAGACUGGUAACAAAUUUGUUAGUCGGAGGUGCGACUUAUAGGUUACAUAGCAACGGAAGGGAAAUCUCCAAAAUUAGUUUUGUUGCAUGGCGCUGCACAUUCUCAACUCGCUUUAGUAAGUCAAUUGACUGUGGCGACCAUAUUUAAGUUGCGUAGCCGAGGUGGCACCGGACGAUAGAAAGAUAGAGUGUGAGACGCGGUUGGAUGCUUUGGAUGUACCCAGAAGCUCGGCGCACAAAGCCAAGGAGUUUGUUAGCUUUUGCACUGUUCAAUCGCUUGUUUGUCCUAGCUAAGGUAGCUUGACACCCACACCCCAGAGAAAGACCUUGUCUUGAACGAUACUUUUCACUCAUAUAUAUAUUUUUUAACGUGGGAUCCACUCUAAUUGGCUAGGCUGUAGUGGUCUUCCUGUCUAAUAUAUUUAACAAUUAGUUCAUGCGUCAGCGUGCGUAUGUCGAGAUAUUGAGCACGCGGGAAGUUUGGAGAGCACGAAAGAGGCGUAAGAGUUGCACGAGGCGCAGUCGAGUGCAACUCUAGCCUCUUGAGUGCUCUCCAAACUUCCCAAGUGCUCAUUAUCUCAACAUACGCACAGCUGCAGCGUGAACUAAUUGUUUUAUAACAUUAUCAAAGCGAUCAAUGCAUCAGUUAACUUAAAAUUUUACUAUUGUAGGGGGCGCUCAAAGCAUUACACGUCAAUUUUUACGUGAGUAUAUUUUUUUUCCUCACAGUUAUGCUUAUGUUUUCAUCCUGAAACUGAGAGAAAGUGUACUCUAGAAUGAUUGUAAAAUCCAUAUUUAGGUGCCGGAAAACUAAUAUAUAGAUUUAGGCAGAGCUAAAAACGAAGCUCUCGAUAAUAUUUAUAGUUUGCUCAAACAAAAGAUAAAAUCGUUUAAAGCUAAGCGGUGAAGGCAACGCCGGAGAACGGGGAAAAACAACAGUAGGUCUAAUUAGCAAAAAAGCAACUUUGCACGCGCAGCACACUUUUUUUGUACAUUUCUUUGCCUUUGUUUUGCACGACCACAACGUGAAACUUCUUAGCUACACGUUUUAUAGAGAAAAUGUCGCACGUUUUCUUGUUCACUUUUUUUUCACUGCCGCUCAUUUUCACCUUGCAUUGGUGGCCGCUAGCAUUUCUCAUUUUGUUACCGCCGCUACAAAAUUUUCAUGUUGUUCUUUCAACAAAAAAAUGUCUCCUUUGUUUUUAAUCUCUCGCUCCAGAUCUCUGUCGCCCUUUUUCUCGUUGAGCUUCGCUGGCCUGCCGCCUACUUUCUCUUUUUCUCGGUCUUUCUCUUGCUCUACAUUCCAAGUUUGUGGACAUGACAAUUAAUCUAAGCUUAAUACUUUAUAAAACAUGAAUACAGAGACAAUUUUCGCUUUCCGUUUUCGUAUUCAUUGACUACUUAGUUGUCUCUGCUUCACAAGACGCGAGUAGCUAUGCGACUUCCCGUCAAAAUAACCUUGAGUUGCAUUUGGGUUGCCAUACCUGUUGAUUGAGUUGUUUUACAUUGGUAUGCCUGUGGUGCGGACGGACGGGCGGGCGGGCGGUCGGUGUACGGUCACGUGAUUACCAAAUUUUCUCGGAUGGGUAGUUUACCACAUUUUCUUACUCAUGGUGCUCCGCUGCGCGCGCGAGAGCUCCGCUAUUAAUUCACCGAAAAAUUGUUAUUGAGAGAAAGCAACUUUGCAAAGAAUGAACUCACGCCAUAGCCCGCACAGCUCGCGGAGAUGACAACAACAACAACAACACUCACCUCUUUUCCUUACUAUCGGUUAACAAAUUCAAACGUUUCCUCUUAAAUUUCCUUAUAAAACACAUGGUAAACGCUUUAUCGUGUACGGCCGAGUUAUGGAUGCACUCAAGAGACUCAGGAUUGCUAAGCUCACAACAACUCGAGGAAUUACGAAUAAUUUAUUGACGUCAUCAGCGUGCUCAAUAGGAAUAUGAAGCACGCUCGCGCUAUUGAAUUUGAUUAGGAGAGUUUUGUAGCUAUGUUAUAAUUAUGUAUAUAAGCAUUUUCUAGUUAGGCGAAGCUAAAUAAACUAGAUGACACCUUUGUGGAUGAUUGUUCUGUGACUGUUUUACUUGGCCGUUGGUGAGGCCCUACGUCCAACAUAAUUAGACGAAUAUGAGACAGCCUGGCACGCCGAUCUUUCUUAUAAUAAGGACGAGGUCAAAAUGCUAGUGUUAGCAGAUCUGGACGACAACACUACGUGUGUACUUCGCAAGGAAGGUACAUGGUCAGAGUGGCGAAUGAAAAUACUGAAAACUAACAAAAAUGAGCAGGCAAACGUGUGUACACUUUGUUCAUUGCAAAACGAAAGUGUUUGGUAUCUCAUUAUGAGAAAGUACGGCUUAAGUGUGCUUUUUUCUUUGCUGUGGGAGAUUCAGAAGGGGUCAAUUCAUAAACGAACUUCGGUUGUAAGUUAAUUAUAAAACAUCCAAUUAACUGAAAACUGACAAAUAACGCAACUGACAUUUGGACCCCCAUCCAGAACCGUAAUAAAGGAGAGUAUCAUCCGAAAACAGGCCUCUAUGUAAAUGAGCAUCGAUGAAAUCCUAAAUUUCUUUGGACGAUCGUUAAUAUUGUUGCUACGUCUCCUUUGAAACAAUGUAUUGUCAAUUAAUUUAGAGGAAUUCUUCGGGAAAAUCUAUUUCAAUUAAGAGGAACUGCUUCGAAAAAUAAUGCAAUAAAUCAGACGAAACAGACUGUCUACUUUUUAUUUCCAAACGAUAUAAACUGAAGCUGUUCGAAAUUCUUGUCAUUCAUUUAUUCAUUAUAUGACACGUAGCUUUGUUGUUUCAGGACUAGGCUGCAUUGUUUAUCUAGUUCGUUUAGUUUUCAACCGAAUCCUCUGUUAGCUGUUGUGAGCUUCGAGGCCCGAUUAAAACGCUUUUUCACCAAGAUUCUUUAUACGAACAGCUGCAAGUUUAAAUUCAGAUUUAAGGAAUUUCUGGUUCGACUACUGGAUCAACAUGAUUCAGGCAGGGAAAAGAAAACCAAAACAGCCCGUCCAUGUUUCUUGUUGGCACUUUUUAGCACUGUUUUAAAGCUGGCUUUUAAAACUGCAAUGGUAUUGGCUUUGAAGCAGUUGAUGUCUCUUUCUUGUUACAGCCGCCCCCUUGGAUAUUCAGGCGCGAGGUCCCGCGGCCGUUGAAGCCUACAAUAAAGCUCUUUUGGAUGGGAAAGCAUUUAUCAAAAGAGUACCAGUUAUGAUAAUUGGGCAGGAUCGGACAGGGAAGACCAGUCUAAAGAAGUCUCUGAAAGGAGAAAAGUUCAAUCCAAAGGAACAGAGCACUGAAGGAAUAGAGACUGAUCCUGAAUACUUCAAGGUUUCGAGGGAAAUUUGGAGAACAGGUCACAACGAUGAAGAAAGUGAACCUUUUUCAGGGGCUUGCUUUGAGCACCAUGUAGCACGGUCAGUAUUUGGAGCAUUAAAGGAUGUCAAAAAGGUACAUGCGAAAGAAGAAACAUCUCAGAAACAACUUUUAAAGGAACCAAGCAAAAGUAAGCCUGAGGCAUCACUUAAGUACGCAGAAGAAAGCACAGAAAGGUACACUUUUCCGUUUGCAAACGAAGUCCCAGAACGUGUAGCAAAGCUGGUGAAAGAGCUUCUGCGAAAUAUGAAAAAGAAUGAAGAAAAGGACGAGUUAUUCUCCAUUCUUUGGGACUUUGGUGGACAGUCCGUUUACUAUGCUACCCAUCCAAUCUUCCUGACAGAGAGAGCCAUCUAUAUUUUAACUUGUGAUCUAAGCCGUGAUCCAUACCAGAAAGCUAACAUUCUUGUGCGAAAAGGGCUGUACAAAAACAAACAAGACAUUUGCUGCAACAAGACAAAUCUAGACAAUCUUGACUUUUGGCUUUCAUCGGUUUAUUCCUUGGUUGGUCCACAUGCUGAUGGGCAGAACAUAUCUGUGUCCCUUGCCUCACCCACAAUAUUACCUCCAGUGUUUUUGGUAUGUACUCAUGCCGAUGAACCCUACUGUAGGAACAGGGAUCCCAGAGAGUUGGCGCUUGACAUCUAUGGAUUUCUCAAAAAGAAGCCUUAUAGAAACCAUUUGUUUAAGGACGUUUUUGUUGUCGAUAACACGAAAUCAGGAAGCCAAAACGAGUGUCCUGAGGUAGUGCGCCUCAGGGAAGAAAUAAUUUCUGUUGCCCAAAGUCUUCCACAGAUGCAGGAGGCCGUUCCAUUGAAGUGGUUAAGGUUUGAACAUAUUCUCCGGUCUUUACUUGAAAAGCAGUACAAAUGGAUACCCAUUAAUAAAGCAAAGCAAAUUGCAACAGAUGAGUGUGCGAUCGACGAUGAUGAGCAAUUUCGGACCAUGCUUGAUUUUUUGCAUGAUCAAAAGGUUCUGAUUCAUUUUAAUGAAACACCAGAAUUGAACAACAUGGUGAUCUUAGAUCCCCAAUGGCUCAUUGAUAUCUUCAAGAAGGUAAUCAGUGUUAAACGUUAUGAGCCGACAGAAUAUAUCCUUGAACAGUUUUGGAUCAAGCUGCAGGAGACUGGAAUCUUAGAUGAAAGGCUCCUGGUUCACGAGUGGAAAUCUUUGAUUGGUAUGUACAGUAAAGAGACCUGGGAGAGCCUUAUCGCGUUAAUGGAGCGAUUCAGUCUGCUUUGCCCCUGGCCAUCUGACGGAGAACACAAACAGUACCUGGUGCCGUCCAUGUUGAUGUCUCCCCCUUCAGACGACCUCGUUGAGCUCCUUUCCUCUGUGAGAAUCCCUUCUCUUUUUGUGAGGUUUGAAUUAGGUCGAGUGCCUCCAGGCCUGUUCACACGGCUAGUUCUCCAGUUUUACCAGUGGUGCAACCAGGAGUGGAAGAGCCAGAUACAACCCCAGCUGUUCAGUAAUUUUGCUCGGUUUCACAUCCUUCCAGAUCAAGGGGUGUCUGUUAUCAUUAUGUGUCAUUCUUCUUCUAUUGAAAUCGCCCUUUACGAUGGAAGCGACUUUUGUGGAGCAAUGGAGGCAGAUUUCAUUGAUGAUUAUUCUAAUCUAGCCACCAGUCGUGCAAUUCAUUGGCAACUCAGACUCAUUCUCGAGUGCAUGCGCAGAGAGUUUAGCUGGCUAAAACACAUGAGGUACGAAAUUUGCGUUUGCUGUCCAGUGUGUUCGCAGAAAGAUCCUCUCAGAUGUCGUACUCAUGAUGUCCGUGGCUGUGAGUGUCUUCACUUGUUGUCUGAAUCCGAGUUUCAGAAAUUUCAGUACUGCACCCGACCUGGUUUUCGUGGAGAUUGCAGAAUUCGCAUCAAAAUGUUUGCACAUUGGUUUUCAUUUACAGUCCCUGAAGAAAGCAGGAAUCCAGUGGAUCAGGUUGGUAUCUGUCUUAUUCAACAUUAUGCACAAUUUAUACAAUUCACGAGUGUGUUCUUCUCGAGUACUACUAAAACUACAGCAACUACUACGUCCUCAAUAUACAAAAUUAAAGCAUAACGUAUUUCAGGAAGGGCAUGCAGAGUACACAAAUUACCUGAUCUCGUCAUUUUGACUUUAACCACUUUUAGCAAGAUAUCACUAUCUAAUAAUACAACUUAAUGUAACGAAAAAAUAUAUAAAAAUUAUACUAUAAAGCAACAACAAAAUUAAGGGUUUCCAAACUGUAUAUUCUUAAUUCUUUGAUUAUGUUUUUUUCUCAAGCAGCAAGGUGCAUCGGGAUGUGACGUGGGAGAACUGAGAAGCUGUAUAACUUACAGAGAAGGCAAGAACACUUAGAUCAGUUGUACUUUUUAACAGUUAUAAUAUCUAUUGCAGUCACUUGAAGUUUUCUGUUGUAACAUGUUUCUUUAAUUUCUAGAGAAGUCUAUUGCUCUCCACUAUGACGUUCUUCAGUGCAUUCAGACUCAGUCGAAAGAACCCAAGGAAAUUGUAGUUCAAUUUCAAGAGUGUCUGAAGUUAACUCCAGCAGAACUGGAAAAUCCAGAGCCUGGGACGCAAAGAUGGAUUCGGCGUCUCGCUAAUGAAGCUAAAUCUCACAACAGAAUCGACGUAAUUGAGUACUUGAGAACUAUAGCACCUGCCGGUACUACAGGUACGUCCACAACAAAAACACCAUGUAAAAUUCCUUCUUUCUUUUAUUACCACGAGGAAAGAUACUUCUAAGUAGUAAGUAAAAUUUUUCCCGCAUCUCUCAGGAACGUACUCGAGAGAACACUUCUCUUUUCAACAAUAGCCACCUCAUUUUCGCCACCUUUAGACCUUCAAAAAAGUUUAUGUUGGAACUUUGUAGAUGUAGAAGUAUAUACACAGAUUUGCAUGUGCAGUUAUGGUAGUUUGUUUUAUUCACACAAUGUUGUUUGGUAAGCAGGUCCCUUAUUGAACGAGAACCUUGAUGUGCUUUGCAUUCCCUUUAAGACGAGAAAGGAACUAACAUUUAGUCUGUGUGGUAAGUUUUAUUUGUUAUUUCCUGCAAGCUUGUCACCUGUGUCCUCAAAAUGCCAAAAUUAUGUCUCAACAAUAUUGUCAAUAUCAUGUGAAAAGAUUAUUUACUGGUUCCAGAGAUUACUGUGAAACUGACAAAAUCGUGAACACCAGAAAUAUUUAUGGAAAGUUAUGGUGUUGCGAGAAAUAAGCCGAUAAGGCGCGAGAUAACUAAACCGCAAACAGCAACAGUAAUUAGUUUGUGGUUUUGAGGUUUGCUUGCGUAUCCUGAACUUUAUUGUGAUGGGCCCGUACACCAUCAUUUGGCAGUAAAUUAUAUCCAAUACAACAACAACAAGAAAAAUUUUAUAUAGGUAUGCCCAUCUAAAUUAACUUAAUCGUGGUUAGAAAACUAACUGCACGGAAUACCAUCGCAGUUAAAGACGCAACUUAUGCAGUUGCGACAAAAAACAGCCUGAAAAAAAAAAUUAUCUACUGAAGGUUACGAAAGUGCGACCACGACGGGAGACUUUCAAAUGCGCCUUUUUCUGGUGGAACUAAACAUGCCACGACAAAUUUUUCCAUUAUCAUUUUAAACGUCUUUAGAUUCCUUAAGAAAUUAAUUACAAAACGGGGAUCGUUGAACUUUUUCGGGAGCCUUUUUCGCUCGUUUGUUUUGACUGAGAGGCUGAAACAGGCUUGCGUAUAUAGUCGGGACAACGGCCAUCUUUUGGCUGGUUUCGCCCACGAACAGAUCCUCUCAUAACAACUCAACAUUAAUCCAUUUCGGCUCAUUAGCUGAGCGAAAAAAGAUGCGGGACCACUUCAGUCCUGAGAUCCAGAAAUUCGUCUACCAUGGUAACGUGACGUAACGACUUCUCUCUAUUCAUUUUAAGGUGGCUCGUGAACAGCAGUAACUAACCAUGAAUUUGAACUAUGCAGAAAUGUUAGCUACAAGUGUAUUGUUGUCCACGAAAAGAAAAUACUUGGAGACAAUACCCUUGAAUAAUGAGAGGCUCUCACUUGCAAACACGAAAUUUCUGACAAAAAGGUAGCGAAUUGUAGCCCUUAAUUUAUAUCAAAACGACGGUUAAUCUCGAGAAUCUUAAAUUUUAGAAACAUCUAUUGAGUGGUUUAAAAAUUAUUCGCUUAUUUGUUAAAGUAGACCAAAAUGUUUACAAAACCGCUAACUAGAGCUCCUCGAUACAUACUAAUCAAAGCUUUCUUUCUAGCAAUCGCCUUGAGCUAUCUCCUUGAUCUUUCACGUGCGUUUUUAAAGAGACUGAAACUAAUAUGAGGAGAAAUUGCAUUUCAAACGUCUUCGCUUUCUACAGAUAACGGCCAAACAUCAAUGUUGUCCAGUUUUCACCGUAUUUCUACCCAUCCCAAUAUAUCUCGAUAUCUCGAUACCGCUAUUACCGAUUGCGCUGAAACUUCAAAAACUUCGGGGCGGCUAUUGGAGGAAAAAGCUCUCGUGAACGAUUUUGGAAGGACAGUUCCCAGUGCCGAGAAAUUCAUGGCGUCAUGUCGUUGCCAUGUCAACUCCGGUGUCAUUGUAUCCCUGAUCAGAACAAAUUUUCAUCUUUAUCUAGUACAGCUGUGGUGGUAAUUUUUCCAAAUCUGUCGGUUAAUGGUGACGUAGUUUAUGUUCAAACUUGGGAGGGUUUGAUCCUGAAAAACCCUAUCGAGCCACCUUAAGUCACACUUAUUUCGCUGCCAUCGUAGUCUUGGUUACUUAAGCACCCCAUUAUGCAAUAUUAUAUGUCAUCCUCAUAAAAAUUAUUUUAAUCUUAGUGUUCAACAAGUUUUAAAUUAAAAUCAUAGCUCAUACUUCAAAGAAAAAGCCAGUUGUCUUCAAGAGCGCAUCUGACGUCACACAAAAAUAUCAUUCAGUGUUCUAGACAGUAGGUCUCUCCUAUCAAGCGCUACUGUUUCUAUAAACUUUCCGAUAAAACAGAAUCUGAAACUUUUAAAUCACUUUUGUUUGCUAGGUGGAGAAGAAUGGAAACGGCUUGCAGAGAGCUUUGGUAUGUCUUACAACGAAAUCCGCUUUCUUGAUAAGAGAACCACCAACCCGUGCGACGUUGUUCUUGAUCUUAUUGCGAAACACCGCUAUUUGAUGGUUGGGGAACUUUACGACAGACUCGUUAUGAGCGGACUUCCUGGAUCAGCCGACUUACUAUGAAUUAUGAUAAGCUCUCUGUUAAUAUUUUGCUUCAAGUACAUGUUCAGUUCAGUUGAUUCGCGAGGCAGUAUAUAUAGAAUAGACCGUGAGACCGAAAACAAAAGUUAAGUUUGUAGGAACAACUUUCAAAGGUAUACUGUCGAUUGAUCUCAUGACAAUAUAGUUCUUUUAGCUUCCUAGUUUUGUGCACGUCCGGCAAAGCACGGAGAGUAGUGUUGCAGGUACUAGUGCAUCUGUCGGUUUCUUUAGUUGUAUACAGAUCUGAAAAUUAACUCUUAGUUUAUUUAUAAGUAAUCGUCAUUAGACAAGUGUUGAAAUAAAUAUUUUCGCCUACAAUCCAAAAAAGAAAAAAGAAGAAAAGAAAAGAGAAAUAAGAUGCUAAAAAAUGCUACAAUUUUGUUUGGUAUUUUUUUAUACUACAAAGAUUCAGUACCAAUACCAAUUAGUAUUUUUUUGUAUAAAGUCAGUGUAGCGCAAAAGCACGUUAUCAUGUUAUAGUUACCGUCUGCAUGCUUCACGCUUAACCUGAACUAUUACAGGUAUUUGCAGUGUUAGCAAUGGUUUUUUGAUACACAGCUUUAUUAAAUUGAUAUACUUGCAACUCGAGAUGAUGUUAUAGUAAUGGAAACAAGACCCUCUUCACAUUUAAUGAAGUUUAGUUACUCGAAAAAAUUUAAUGUUUUUGCAUUUGGAAUUUUCAUUCUAUCCAAUGGUUACCAACGUAUAACAUGUUUUUCUCCAAAUAUUAAUUUGUAGAUAGCUGGACUGUUUAGCGUAAUUAAAAUUAUCCAAACUAAAAAAUCUUAAAGCAGGAAACUGGCCUUGUUUUGUAAGAAAAUACAUGGUGUGAAGUCAGUUCGACUGCACUUAAAUUGACAACAAUUAGCUUAGUCAGUAAGAAACAAGAAAGACGAUAGCUGUUAAAAAAGAAACGCUCAUACCCCGGUUUCGUUUUUUCCAAUCUUGAAAAACCAUGAGCUUGACUCAACUUGAUUGUUGUUUAUAAGAACAGGCCAAGUUGUCGACAUACGAGUGAACUAUAUUGUUUAGUAAAAAAUGGCAAAUGAUUUCAGUCGAAACAGGGCGCGUUUGUCUGACUGUUCCAUAGAUCAAUCAGAUAUUCUUAUAUUCUUGUUCGUUUGUUGUUUUAGUUUCUCCGUGAAUUAUUUCAAGGCCAAACGAAAAUCGAUUGCUCUGUCACUGGCUUAAAACUUAAGUUGGCGUGUUUUGUAUGUUGUUUUCCUCUUGACAAAUUAACCUGCAGGGAAUAUAAAAACUUUCGUCUUAUCAGACGGUAUGAUUUGGUACAGUACAACACACGCGACCCCCCUUUCCCUGUAGUUUGUGUUCAAUGAUGAUGUCACGUCUUGAACAACUCAAAUAACAUUUAUUAAAGUGCGGGAAAUUGAAGAGGAAACUCCCGCGUGAGUCAAGUAAAGUCUAUAUUAUCUAUGGUAAUUAAGAGUGACUCGGUUUGGUUUUUUUUUGAUAUUUCAGUCGAUAAACAUGUCAUAUUACCAGGGCCACAAAAUCUGGUUCCCCUGGGCCUGCAUUUAUCAUUAAUGUAAUUAGUUUCGGCAUGGUAUGGUGAAUUGCUAGAAGUCAGGCCCCUAUACCUUCUUUGUCGUGAUAGAAUGUUAAUUUUUAUGAUGAAACAGUUUUAAUGUAGUUACUGUUAUUUUUUAACGUAAGAGUUUUACAAUACUUUUGCUUUGAAUUGGAAACCCACAGUGAUGCAAAAUAGGACGACACACUAUAGUCUUUAAUUUUUUAAAUAGUUUUUGUACAAUAUUCAUGUUUAGAGGGUAGACAAGAUACUUAAUCCCGCAUGUAUCGGCCAAGUUUUAAUAGCUGUUUUCAAAUCACAAGGUAAGG